CUAAAAUACAUAUAACCAUAAAUCGAAAACUACCAAUUCCUUUUCAGAUUACUAAUUAUCAUUGUUUUAAUAAAAGGAAUAAAUAACACUUAUACUUUACAAAAACCGCAAUCCAACAUUGAGGAGUUAUCGAAGUUUAAUCCAACAAUAGAGAAACGGAGUGGUGUUGCUUAUAACGCUCAAAAAAGGAACAAACUAUUAAAUAGGGCCGAUAUUCGGCAUGCUUUACGCAAAAAAUUGCACAAUUUUCAUGAUAGAUUCACAUCAGACAACGUUUCCGAUAAAAAAGUAAGAUAUCGUCAUUCGAGAAGUCAAAAGUUAUUCGAACAUUCACAGGGCGAAAAAAAAUUAGAUUAUUUAGAAAAUUCAAAGCGUUUGAAACGAUUAAGUGGCGACCUAUUACAAUUAGAUAAUAAUAAUAUUUUUACCGAAGCAAAUCCUUUUUUAAGAAACUUUGCCGAAUAUCAUAAUAAAGAAAACAAUAUGAUUAAGCGUGAAGAUAGUCUAAGUGCCAGUACUGAUUCAACCACUAGAGAUUGGACUUAUCACUACGAACAGUUUGAUUGGCCUACUGGGACAAAAAGAGGUGACGUCAAAUUCAAAAAAAAACCUCUUCAGUAACUAUAUUUAAAGGUUUUUGUCUAGGUUAGUUAGGACAAAAAAAACGACACCCCCACCCGAGCAAGUUUCUAAACAAAUUUCAAUAAGGAGUGAGACAAAAUCUGAAGAUUCCCACACAGAAGACAGUCUUCUUCAAGCGAUACCUGAAAAAAAAAUGACCCCCUGUGAAUAUUGUGAUGAUGAUGGUAAACAAUCUGGUAAAACUAUCAAGACCACAGUGCAAGCUGAAACUCAAAAAACUGAUUCCCACACAGGAGACAGUCUUCUUCAGGCGAUACCUGAAAAGAAAACGACCCCCUGCGAAUAUUGCGAUGAUGACGGUGAACAAUCUGGUAAAACUAUCAAAACCACAGUGGAAGCUAAAACUCAAAAAAGCGAAACUAGUGGACAAAAGUCAAUUACUCGUGAAACUGGAAAGUCGAAAGAAAUCGAAGGUGAGAAGUCAACUCCCUCUCAAGAUGAGACUGAAGAAAGUACAAAAGUAACUGGUGGAAUUGAAGAUGAAGGGUCAACCGAUAAACCUCCAAAAGAAACUGUGGAAGAAGAAGAGUCCACAAGAGAAACUACUGAAUUUGAAGGCGGAACAUCAACUGUUGAGCCUACAGAAGCUGGUAAUGGUGAAGAGUCUUCCGUUGGUGAAGAACAACAGUCUACAGAAGAAGGUGAAGUUUCGGAUGAAACUGACGAAUCUGAAGACGAAACGUCAACUGUUCAGGCUAUAGAAACCGAUGAAGGUGAAAUGUCUACAGAAGGCGGAGUUACAAAAGAAACUGAUGAAUUUGAAGGCGAAAUGUCAACUAGUCUGCCUACAGGAACUGAUGGAAGUGAACAGUCCUUUUCUGGAGAAAAACAGCAUUCGACAAAGGAAGAUGAAGAAGAAACUAGUGAACUUGAAAGCAAGAAGUCCACUGUUCAGCCUACAGAACCUGGUGUAGGUGAAAAGUCAAUUGCCAUGUCUUCUUCUGCGGAAGAAGAACAAUCUACAGAUGAAGGUGAAGUUUCAAUGGAAACCAGUGAAUUUCAAACCAAAAAGUCAACUGUUCAACAUCCAGAAACAGUUGCAAUGUCUUCUUCUACUAAAGAACAGUCAACAGAAGGCGAAAUUCCAAAAGAAACUGAUGAAUUUGAAGACGAAACUUCAACAGAAACUGAUGAAAGCGAAAAGUCAGUCGCAAUGUCUUUUUCUGAGGACGAACAACAAUCUACAGAAAAAGGUAAAAUUUCAAAAGAAACUAGCGAAUCUGAAACCAAAAAGUCAACUGUUCACCCUACAGAAACUGGUAAAGGUGCAAUGUCUUCUACUAGGGAAGAACAACAGUCUACAAAAGAAGGUGGAAUGUCGAAGGAAAUAAGUGAAGGCGAAAGGUCAACUAUACGGCAUACAGAAACAGGUGAAGGCGAAAAGUCAGUUGCAAUGUCUUCAUCCACAAAAAAAGAUGAGACUGCACAAGCUGAAAAGUCAUCAGUUAAACCUGAAGAAGAAACGUCAACUGGUGAGGCUGAGGAAGCAGAAACUAGUGAAAAGUCAGCUACCGUUCCAGAAGAGUCCGAUAAACUUACAAAAUCCGAGGAUGAAGAAGCAGAAAAUACUAGAUCUGGGACAUCUGCGAAACAAGUAAAAACUACUCACGUAGGUUUGGAUAAUAUGUUAACGUCUUCGCCUACUCAUGAGAAUGAAGAAUCAAGAGAAACCAUUGAAUCUGAACGGGAUGCAACUACUAGUGGAAAUGCAAAGGCCAAAGAAACUGGGGAAGAUGAAAAUGAAACUCCAAAGCAUGGUUCAGAAACUAAAAAAACAACCAGUGAAGGCAAGCAAACGACUCUAGUUGAAGAAGGUGCCACUGAGAGUGUUAGAGAACAUGAUACAACAAAAUCGUUUAGUGAGAAUGAAGAGCAUAAAACUAUAGAAGAGAGUAGUAGAGCAAAAUCGACAACCACUAGAAUUGAUGGAAAAAAAGAAAAUGCUACUUCUGGCAAAAGUGAACAUAGUACAAAAUCUGAUUUCACUGGUAAAAAAUUAACAUCAAAAGGUGUUGAAGAAGCGUCGGCUGAAAUUGGGGAGACUACAAAAGCAUCGGAAGAAAAAGCACAUAAAACUGAAACCACAAAAGGUGAAGCUGGUGAGAGGAAAUCAUCCCUUAAGCCAAAAGAAACUUUAGAAGAAGGUCAAAAAACAACUUCUACUGCAAAAGAAGAAGUACAAAAAGAAGAUGAAGACGAAGAACUUUCGGAAACUGAACCUAGUGAUCCUCAUACAGCUGCAAUAAAUACUGAUGAACUAAGGAAAUUAGAUGCAGUAACGGAAUCUCAUAACGAAUCAAUAGAUGAAAUAGACGAAGAAAUUUCAAAAACUAUUAAUCAUCAGGCAGUUACUACAAUGAACACUGAAGAACUAAGAGAAUUAGACGCAAUAACGGAAUUUCGUAACGAAUCAACGGGUAAAAAGAGCACGCAGGAAGAGAAGAAACAUAUCCCAGACACUACUACAGUGCCUGUUGGAUCAGAAGCUGAAAAAACUGAAGCUGGCAAAAGUGUAAAAACAACUACUGAAACCGAAGUUAGUGCAACAGAUCUACAGAAGACAACUGGUGGAGAAAAAGAAAAAACAAGUACCAAGAUUGAAGGACCUAAAGGUAAUACGAUAGUGACGACAUCAACUGGUGGCAAGAAAGAAAUAAGUACUGAAAGUACUGAUGAUGAAGAUCUACUUCAAACGACUAGUAUAUUUAUUGAAGAAUCAACCCAACUUGAAUAUACAUCAGAAUCCUUCGAUAAAAUUUCAUCAGAACUUGUAAAAGAAGCUGCGUCGACACAAAAAAUUGAAACGCCUGAGAUUUCAGACGACAAAGAGUUAUCACAAGAGUUAGUGACUAUUGAUCAAGAAUCAGCGCCUUCAAUACAGACAACCGUGGAAAUUGCUAAAAACGCUUUAGACUUUCCAACUACUCUAUGUGCAUAUUGUAAAACAACUCUUAAGGAAUCUGAAAUUGUUCCAUCUGAAGCUACUAAAAGACAACAUACUUCACACGAAACUAAAACUUCUGAGAUUUCAUUUGAUGAAGCAAUAUCAUCAUCAUCAUCAUCAAAACUGACAAUUUCAGUUGGAAUAGAGACCACAACUAAAGAGCCAGUUGGAAUAGAGACUAUAAACAAAGAGACAGUUGGAACAAAGACUGCAACCAAAGAGACAGUUGGAACAGAGACUACAAACAAAGAGACAGUUGGAACAAAGACUACAACCGAAGAGACAGUUGGAACAGAAACUACAAUCAAAGAGGCAAUUGGAACAGAGAAUACCAUCAAAGAGGCAGUUGGAACAGAAACUACAAUCAAAGAGGCAGUUGGAACAGACGCUACAACCAAAGAGACAGUUGGAACAGAUACUAAAACUGAAGAGUCCGUUGAGACAGAGACUACAAACAAAGAGCCAGUUGGAACAAAGACUACAACCAAAGAGCUUGUUGGAACAGAGACUUCAAUCGAAGAGACAGUUGGAACAGAUCCUAAAACUGAAGAGCUCGUUGAAACAGAGACUACAAACAAAGAGCCAGUUGGAACAAAGACUACAAUUAAAGAGCUAGUUGGAACAGAGACUUCAAUCGAAGAGACAGUUGGAACAUUGACUACAACCAAAGAGACAGUGAAAGCAACAAAAACAGGCCAGGCCCAAACUGAAACAGAAGUUACUUUGAGUAAAACAACAUCGGAACUUGAAAAAACUGCUCCAGACUUUGAAACUACUUCUACUGAAUCAAAAGCCACUACGAUACAACAUACUAAAUCUGAAAACGCUCCAGACUUUGAAACUACUUCUAUUGAAUCACAAGCCACUGUAAUACAACAUACUGAAUCUGACACGUCCAAAACAAUAAUAGAAAAACCUGUUUUAUCUACAACUAAAACAGAUAUAAAUCAUGUCUCUGAAACAAUAACAGAAAACCCUAUUUUAUCUACAACCGUAAUAGACAGACAAGAUUUAGAAUUUCCUACAACUAGUUGUAAAUAUUGUUCACAAACUGUAACCACUAGAAAGAUAUUGACAAGUGACUACGAGGACCAAACCGAAAGCAUCGCUAGAAUUUCUCCCGCCGGUAAAACAACUACAAUAAAACACACCAACAUAGGAAUGUUCCAGAAAAACAUGGUGUUUAUAGUGAAUAAUACCAAACAUUUCAACAAAGAAAUGUUGGAGUCGUAUAUGAACGUUACACUACCCGACGUUCAAAUGGUUUACGUUGACUUGAACCAAGAAAAAGAGGAGCCAAAGAAACAUCGGCAUUAUAAAGGCCAGAGGAUUACAGAAACCGAGAAAUGCACAUCAGAUUUUAGCAAAGGGAUUUAUUGCCUUUGUGAUAUUUCAAGUUAUUUGAAGGUUUUGUUGAAUCGAGUGAAUAAUGGACAAAGAAUAAGAGCGCAAAAGGAUUAUUGCAAGAAAUAUUUGAAAUUAGAUAGGGGGUUGAUUAUAAAGCCAUUCCAUAUAAAAGAGGUUGGAAGAAAGAAGAGAGGGUUGAUUUUUAUGGAGAAUCAGAAAAAGGAGGAAAAACAUCAUGUUUUUGAUAGUAUUGAGAACUUGUUUGCUGAAGAAUUCAAUCUUACGUUAACAGGUGAAAGUAUGUUCUGUUUACUAGGAGAAACCAUACUAGUUCCUUGUAAAAUUCAUAUAAACGAAGACACUGAGGUUGUAUGGAAAUUUCAUUCUCUAAGUUCCAACGAAGAUAUAAUCUUGCCUGAAAAAAUUCCAAAACUAUUAAUACAUGGUGCCGCAAUAAAACACGCAGGCAACUACACUUGUUCAGCAGCACUAAGUAACCAAAAUACCACAAUAAUUGAUCACUGGCGGGAAUUGGAGAUAAUCACUUUUCCUGUUUUUGACAUUCACAUGACGAUUUAUUAUAAGAUUAAUAGUUCUUGUAGCCUAAAACUGGGAGAUGUGGUACAGACGUAUUUGCCUAAAAUUAUUAUGCCUUUUGUGUGUCCGAAGGAUUACUAUGACAUUUGUAGUAUGGAGAUGGAGAGGCCCAGGUGCAUAUCUAGGGAAGACGAUAACUACUUCAACGUAACACUGGAUAUAAAAAUGAAUCUCGAUUUCCUAUUGCAACUAGAAGCUUUGUGCAAUAUCAAUUGUAAACUAAGGAUUUAUGAAAAUUUAGUUCACACUCUCUAUAACACUUUGGAAACGAUUCAACACGUACCAGUUUACUAUCACCUUGAAGAGUCUGAUACAAUUAUUUUCGUGCCACACACAAGUGGAAAAGCAGAUAGUGCCGUUAGGAUUAUACCACCAAAAAUCAUAGUCACUUGCCAAGAUGGAUUUGGGCUGGAAAGUAAAAAACGGAGUGUAUGUGUUGUUUGUCCUCCUCAAACGUUUAGUGACGAAUCAAAUGCCUUUUGUAAAUCAUGCCCUUUGGGACAUUAUCAACCAGAUUCUGGCAGUAAAGUUUGCCUUCAGUGCAGUUCACCUGUUGACGAUAAAUUAUGCCUAAGAAUGCUGUAUACCGAUACCAAAUUAUUCAAAAUCUACGUUGGAGUAUCCUUUGGUUUUAUCAUCCUAAUGGUUAUACUAAUAGUGGUAUGGACGAGUGGGCUUCACAAUACCGAUAGAGGACAAAAUUACGAAGGGUCGUUGAGACAUAGGGUCGCUGCCAAAACUCCUAGAGACUUGGAAACAGGGGUGAUGGAACCGCUUUUACUUAAGAGAAAUACACCCCCACCUUUGCCUGAGGUUGAUUUUUAGACUAAUAUUAUGUGGAUUAAGUUAAUUAAGUUUUAAGGAUAUAAUAUUAUUUUGUCAUAAUCGCUGUGUGGAAAAAAUAAUUAUGAGAAAUAUAAGUAAAGUAUAAGAGAGUAAAUAAUAUUUGUAAAUUUGUAUAUGAGUCAGUUUGAGGAGGAUUACCCAAAUCAACAAAUUAUACCAACAAAUUAUGAGAAAAAUACUUACCAAUUUGCAGAUAUUUCACAACAUAAAUAGUAAUUUAAACUCCAGCAAUAAUUUUCAAAAAUAUUAUGAUUAAUUGAUAUAGGGACAUUCAAAUUCAACAACUACAUCACUAGGUUUGAAAAAAAAAAACAAGUAUUUAGAAAAAAUAUACAAUACAAAAUAGCGUGAUUUUUCUGUAAAGAAACACGCCUUAAAAAAAGAAAAAUAUUUUAAUAUAGAAAAUUAUGUUCCUUUUAUUUUUUUGCUCUUUUACUUGUACUGGGUUUACUAGUUUUACCAUCUUUUUUGUCCUUUCUGCCUGACGAAGUGGUUUCUUUACUGCUUCCAGGUUUAUUUUUCAC